CUGUCGAUUCACUUUCCAUCGCUGCCGGUAAUUCUCCUUCCUUUUUUUUCGAUUGGGACAUAGAAAAUGCAUUUGAAAGCCAUUGCGGCACGGCAAGAGCAGUGCUCGACAGAACCGACCUAAACCAAAACGAGCUCAGGAACAGAAUGCUUGCUGCUCACGGGGGCAAUACCAAGAACACACCGUCGGAAGAGCCAUCGGUGCCAUUGAGAGCCAGCAUCGGACGCCUGCAGCAGGAAUGACGCCAUCUUACGCCACUUGCACCGCAUGCGAUACAGAAAUCUAACCGUACAUGGUAUACCUUUCCCGAUAUGAUAGUCGUGGCUCAUGUUGACGAGACCAAGGGUUCGGACGAGACUGGAAACGGCUCUGUUGAAGCCCCUUAUCAGUCCGCUGUUAAGGCCAUUCAGGCCCAUGGCGAGUCUGUCAAGGUUCAGGUCUGGAAGGCUGCUGCUGCCGACUCGGAGGAGACCUCUGGAUACGUGCCCAUCUCCGGAGCUGCCUUGAAGAAAGCUGUUAAGAAGGUUGCUGAGUUGGAGAAGAAGGCCAAGAAGCUCGCCGAACAGGCUGCUGAACAGGCUGCUAAGGACCAAGCUGCUGCCGAAGAGCGCGAGCGCGUCUUGGAGGCUGCCAGGAAGGUCGUCUUGAAGGAGGAUCCCUCGUUGCCCGCCGCCACCAAGAUCAAGAUCAGAAACGGUAUUGAGAACAGAGGCAAGCGCAUCAAAGUGUCGGGAUGGGUCCAUCGUCUCCGCGUACAGGGAAAGAACAUGAUCUUUGUCAUCCUGAGAGAUGGAACUGGCUAUCUUCAAUGUGUUCUCACUGACAACCUCUGCCAAACAUAUGAUGCGCUGACCCUUACCAACGAGUCCACCGUCACCGUGUACGGUGUUAUCAACGAGCUUCCUGCUGGCAAGACUGCCCCUGAUAACCACGAAUUGACUGUUGACUACUGGGAAUGCGUCGGAAAGGCCCCAAGCGGUGAUGAUGCCAUCUCCAACAAGGUCAAUGAGAACUCUGACCCAUCCGUCAAGUAUGACCUCCGUCACUUGGUUUUACGUGAGGAGAAGGCUUCCGGCAUCUUGAAGGUCCGCUCCCAGGUCAUGAAGGCGUUCCGCGACCACUUCGAUACCCGUGGAUUCACUGAGGUCACCCCUCCUGCCAUGGUCCAGACUUCAGUCGAGGGUGGCUCGACCUUGUUUGAGUUGAACUAUUACAGCGAGAAGGCCUACUUGACCCAGUCCUCUCAGCUGUAUUUGGAGACAUGUUUGCCUUCCUUGGGAGAUGUGUACUGCUUAGCCGAGUCAUUCCGUGCCGAAAAGUCACAUACUCGUCGCCACUUGUCGGAGUACACCCACUGUGAAGCCGAGAUGGCUUUUAUUUCCUUUGAUGAUCUGUUGAACCAGUUGGAGGACAUGAUCUGUGAUGUCAUUGACCGCACUUUGGCCCACAAGCCCUCAGCCGACAUCGUCUACAAGUUAAACCCCACCUUUAAGAAACCCGAGCGUCCCUUCUUGCGCAUGGACUACACCGACGCUAUCAAGUACUUGAAGGAUAACGACAUUAAGAAGGAGGACGGCACUUUCUAUGAGUUUGGUGAGGAUAUUCCUGAGGCCCCUGAACGUGCCAUGACUGACAAGAUCAACCGCCCCAUUUUCUUGUGCCGCUUCCCUGCGGAGAUCAAGUCCUUCUACAUGAAGCGCUGCCCCGAAAACCCAGCCUUGACAGAGAGUGUCGAUGUGUUGAUGCCUGGUGUCGGUGAGAUUGUCGGAGGAUCGAUGCGUAUCUCUGAUUUGGACGAACUGAUGGCUGCCUACAAGCGUGAAGAUCUCGAUCCCUCUCCUUACUACUGGUUCACUGAUCAGCGCAAGUAUGGAACUUCGGAGCAUGGUGGAUUCGGUCUAGGUGUCGAGCGCUACAUUGCCUGGUUGUUGAACCUUCACACUGUCCGUGAGGCCUGUCUUUACCCAAGAUUCACUGGUCGUGCCUUCCCUUAAACCAGCUAGGAUGCCACCUCCUCUCUCUCUUUUUUUUUUUCUUUUUUUUUUUUACCAGGGCGU